UGAGAUUCCCUCAUCGAUUCAGUGCCUCCUUAAGCUCAAAUAUCUUGAUCUAUACAGGUGUGAAAAGCUGAGAACUCUUCCAAACCUCAUUCAGUUGAAAUCUCUUGCACAUCUCCGUCUCUCUUACUGCUCAAACUUGAAGACUGUUCUAGAAAUUCCAAGAAACAUACAAGUAUUGGAACUAGAAUGGUCUGGAUUGGAAGAGUUCUCCCCAAAUGUUCAAGUUCUUGACAAUCUUCAAUACUUAAGUAUACGGCAAUGCAAAAACCUACGAAGUCUUCCACGUUGUAUUAAUUUAAAUUACGAUAUUAAGAAACACAUACUUGAUCUCACAGGCUGCUUGAAUCUCAAAAAAUUUCCUGUGAUUCUUGGAAAUAUUGAAGUAUUAGUGUUAAAUCAGACUGGAAUAGAAGAAUUGCCCUCAUCCAUACAAUAUCUCUUUUCUCCUGUUGAGUUGGAAAUGAAGAAAUGUGUGAGGCUCCAAAGUCUCCCAAGUAGUAUUUGUGAGCUGAAAUUGCUUCAAAAGUUUGUUCUUAGUGGAUGCUCAAAGCUUAAUAAAUUGCCACCUUUAUAUGGCUUGUAUUCUUUAGAAGAGCUAUAUCUAGAUGGCAGUAGGCUAAAAGAAAUUCCCAGUGACAUAGUUUCUCUGACCUCAUUAAGAGUGCUGAAUCUAAAUAACUGUGACAAACUCCAUGGUUUGCCAGAGCUUCCAUGCAGACUAAUGGAAAUCCAAGCAGUGAAUUGCAGAAAUUUGAGCAAGAAUGCGCGCUGCAAGAUUGUGGAAGAUGUGCAUCAGAGAAUUGAAGAAAUGGCAUUUGCUACUGCUUUGUCUUAUAGGCGCGCAAUAAAUAUUUCAAAGUGGGAUAUUGUCAUUGGUUUACCCGGAGGUGAAAUUCCAGAGUGGGAUACUGUUGUUUGUUUAUGCAGAAAUGAAGUUCCGGAGUGGGAUAGUCUUGGUUUUCCAAGCAGAAUCCCAAAGUGGUUUAGUUAUCAAGGCCAAGGAUCCUCAUUUUCUAUCCUGUUCACUCCCAAUUGGUUUGAUGUCUUAGGUUUUACUUUUUGUGCUGUU